CGAUUUCUUUGUUUCAUCAGCAGUUGAGAAAGAAGACGCAGCUCUAAACGUAAAAAAUAUUAAAGAUUUUAUUAAAUAUUAAGAAAAUUAACAGCACAAAAGUUUAAAUAAAUAUAUAAUAAUUAAAAACAAAUACAAUUUUUGAGUUAUAAAUAUAGAACAAAAGAAAAUAUAUUAAUUUUAAAAGCAAAAAUAUACAAAUUAAAAUAAAGGUGUGAAGUGUUGUUGAAGGAAAAAAAAAUACUAAAAAAAUUUUGUGUGUUUAUUGUUGUUGUUUUUGGUGUGGUGUCGUCUGCUGCUGCUGGUCUCUGCGCGCUGCUGUGAUAUUUUUCGACCAACAAUAGAAAUAAUGGCACAACAGCUUAUUUCGAUAGCUGGGACAAGUCGCGAAACCUUGUACGAAAGAUGCCUUUGGUGUUUUGUCACCAAAUUAAAUUACAAUCAACAAACCUUGAAUAAUGUCCAGCAACUACGUUACCUGCCACCAGGAGUGCUUAUUGAUAUUUAUGUUUUGAUGUCCCAACGAGAUGAUUUGAAAGACAUGCUAUUUGAGCAAAUGGCUGAUUUGGAGAUAUUCGAACGUUUAUUGCGUUUUGAUCCAGCACGUCAGAAACUCUUUUUAUGUCUGGCUACUUUAAUAAGUAGAGGCAAACCUUUAGCAUCACAAUUAAAAGAGACCUAUACAGGACGUUAUAAGCAAACACCCGCCGCCAAUGAUGUUGUCAAAGCACAAACAUCAACUAUGACAACAACAAACAAGACUGCUUCCAAAUUGGCUAAAUUGGCCAAGGCGAAAUUAGCUUUAAAUUGUAAAACCUCAGCAACAGCAAACACAUCAUCAACAACAACUGCGCCUACAACCUCAUCAUCACACAGUAGUACAAGUAGUGUUAGCCCUGCUGAUAAAACACUAGAUGAAACCAUUUUACAAGAAGCCGACACUAUAGGUUUGACGGUUACCAGCGAAGUUGGUUUAGAUGUCAUUGAUUUUGGUCUGCGUUUGGGUUCUUUCUUAUCCGAAGCCGGUUGGUUGUCGGAGAGUAUAGAAAUCUUAACUUGUGUGGCCACCAAACUGAAACGCAUGACUUUAGAUAAGAAAUUAAAAAUUAUUUAUUUAGAUUGUUUACAAAGACUUUUACAUUCAGAGGCAGGUUUAAGUAAUUUUAAAGCUGCUGAACGUACUUUUGAUGUGAUUGUGGAUUUACUUAAACAAAUCGAUACGGAAGAGAUACCCAAACCAUUGCUGGCCAAUACUUAUACCCAAUUCUCAGAAAUGUAUUUUGCACGCAAUGAAUACGAUGACAGUCAUAUGUGGAGUGUCGUUGCCAUGCGUAAUUUGGAAGAAACUACACCAGAGAGAAUUGCCAUUGAUGUAUUGCGUCAGGCAGCUAAAGCUUGUGUGGUUAAAAGAGAUUAUCAGCGCGCAAAUAUGUUAAUUUGUCAGGCUAAGUCGAGGGCAAAGUAAGCUUUCGGUUCUCCCCCUCCCCUCUGCCGCACCCCUGCUCGCCUCUUCUUCUUCCUUCUCACCCGUCCCUCCCCCUCCUCCUCGAUGUUCCUGUCUACUCCUCUCGUCGAUCUCCCCGUUUUCUUCGGUUCUCGUAACUUCCAUGUUGCCAUAGCACAUGAAGAUCUUUCAUACGCCUACUAUGUGCAUGAAUACAGUACCGGUAAUUUUACUUGUGCUCGAGAUCAUGUUGAAAAAGCUGUCGACAUACUCAAACAUCUAGUGCCAGAAGAUCAUUUAAAAUUAGCCUCCGCCAAAAGAGUUAAAGCUUUACUGCUAGAGGAAAUAGCUCUGGAUAAAAUGGCCGAGGGUGUGGAUGAUGAAGGGCUGCUUAAACAAUCAGAAGAUUUGCAUAAAUUUGCUUUGCAAUUAUCGUUGGAGGUAUUUGGCGAAGUGAAUGUACAGACAGCAAAAUUAUAUGGUAAUUUGGGAAGAUUAUAUCAGACAAUGAAUCGUUUUGAGGAGGCAGAACGUAUGCAUCAAAAAGCUAUUAAAAUUAAAACCGAUCUUUUGGGUCCUUUUGAUUAUGAGGUCGGUCUGUCCAUAGGCCAUCUGGCCUCACUGUACAAUUAUCAAAUGAAAAAGUAUCGUGAGGCUGAAGAGCUGUAUUUGCGCAGUAUAGAAAUAAGUUUACGUUUAUUUGGUCGUUCGUAUUCUGGUUUGGAAUACGAUUAUUUAGGACUGUGUCAUGUUUAUGAGGUUUUGCGGGAAUAUGAAAAAUAUUUGAAAUAUGCUAAUAUGUUGGAUAAUUGGCAAAUUUUGCGUGGACAAAAUUUAACUAUGGACAAAACCAUUUAUCCCGCUAUUAAAGAAGAUAGUACCCUGGAGGACAUCAAAUAUCAAUUUUUUACCAUGUGCACACACAACUUAACCGCUUGCAAUUAAUUGUAAAAACCUUAACAACUGUUAAUUAUUUGGUAAUCUCUUGGUAACGACAGAAAAGUAAAGAUAAAGAAAAACAAAAAUAUACACUUUUAAAAAUUGUUAAAGAGAGGUAACAAACCAUCAUUGUGUUUACUUAAAAAAAAAGAAAACAAUUUUAGGAACUUUUACAAAAUUAAAACAAAUUUAGUAAGUAAGUAAUAAAAAAAACUAACAAUUUUCUCUAUAAAAAACCUUAAAACUAAUCUCUUAAAGAAAAAUCUUAACUAAAACAUGUUUUCUGCUUUUCAAUUAAAAAUUUUUGCCUUUUUCGUUUUUUUUUUUACAAAAUUCUACACUAGAAAAAGUAUUAAAAUAAAUUGUGUUAAAAACAAAACUAAAACAGCUGAAGGUGUAGGACUUUGAUGGUGUUCAUUUAUUAUUAUUAUUUUAUAUAAUUACGUUAAAUUAUCAUAUUUUAUUUUUUAACAAUUUAAAAUUACUUUUUAGUUUUUUGUUUUCUUCUUCAAAAUGACUUAAAUAAUGUUUAAUAAUUAAAUGCACAAUUAUUGUUUUAACAAGAAAGGGAAAGAAUAAAAUCAUGUUUAUAAAGUCAGAAUAUCCAUUGAUUUAACUCUGUCAAUCUCAAAAGUCUUAACGUGCAAAUAUGAAAAUUUCUUUUAUUUUGAAAAUGUGUAUUAAAUAAUUGUGGUCUUCUUAUUAUCAUUAAACAUACAAAACAAAUAUACAUUUAUUUUUAAUUGUUUUUUUUAGUAUACUUUAUAUAAAAUGUAAAUAGUUAAACAAAAAAUAAACUUUUUAUUAUUUCAUUA